CGCACGGAUAUAGCUUCCCAACCUCGCGCUAUCGUCGCCAAGCUGUCCAGAGGCAGGAAAGGUCGGCGCCGGAGAGAGGUAUAUAUAUGAAUGAACGCCGCCCAAACUCUCCCCUUCCUCUCCUCAGCAUUCAGUAAUCUUCGUCUUCUGUUUCUCUGCAGAUCCGAGCUCCUGACCCAAUUGCUGUGCUGAGACUGUCACCACUCUCACGAUGGUUCAGUGGAAGAAGCUGUUUGGCUUCGAUCGCGGUGCAGACCGCCAUGCGUGGAGAGACGAAGCCCGCCGCCUCCUCCCGUCCCACGACGAAGAGGCCGUGGUCCCCACCAUCCCCGCCGCCGAAGUAACGAAAGUCGCGCUCCGCCUGCGAUACCUGCUCGAAGAAGUCAUACCCUGCGAGCUCGAGGAAGACACCAUAACCCGCGCGCACUCGCACAUCAUCACGCCGCGGGUCAUUGCCGCUGCGCGGGAAGCGGGCGGUACUGAGUUCGGGGCCUGCGUCGUGUACGCUCUCCUCGUCAACAAGCGCUGGUUCAAGAAACAGGCACUGCUGGAGCUCUGGGACGCCGACUUGCACAAUGUGCGCGCGGUGGCGGCGGAGGUCAUUGCGAAGCGCAUCAUCGAGUCUGAGGAGGACCAGAAUCGUCUGAUGCAGGAUAUCCUGCUGAAGCGGUACUCGAUCAUGGUGAAUGAGGAACAGACGAUGCCGGCGAACGUUAUUGAGCGCGCGGUGGAUCUGCACGCGCUCAGAGUCACGGGCAGUGCGGGCUAUCAGAAGUGUGUCAACUAUCUGUGGAGGGGUUGGAUGAUCCAGGACGAGAACGACCCAAGCACGUUUGUGGACUACAAGAAGAAGGACAAUGCGGAUUACUGGGCCCAUGUGCAUCCGGAUCUGAUGAGAGCUCCGGUCUAUCAGAAUGCUACCCAGAUCAUCUUCUCGGUCGUAUACCUGGCCCUAUACUCGCAAGCUAUUGCUACGGUCAAUCCGACGGGCGAUAUCGACUUUGUGGAGGUUAUCCUGUAUACCUUCACGUUUGGCUUUCUUUGUGACGAGUUCAACAAGCUUCGCAAGGUGGGACGGAACUAUAUUGGAUUCUGGAAUGUGUUCAAUCUAGUGCUAUAUGCUCUUCUGACCACAAGUUUGGUGACGAGGUGCAUUGCGCUGAGCCAUCCUUUGGGAGACUCCACACGAGUUUCAUUCAACGAGCUUUCAUAUAAUUUCCUCGCCUUUUCGGCUCCCAUGUUCUGGAUGCGCCUCCUCCUCUACCUAGACACCAUACGCUUCUUCGGCGCCAUGAUGGUCGUCCUCAAAGUAAUGAUGAAAGAAUCCCUAAUCUUCUUUGCUCUCCUCCUCGUGAUUCUGAUCGGCUUCCUCCAAGCCUUCAUCGGCAUGGACAACGCCGAUUCCAACGCCGAUGCCACCAUCUUCAUCGUCCAAGCCAUGGCCAACGCUGUCAUGCAAUCUCCAGAGUUCAGCGGCUUCGACAACUUUGCACACCCCUUCGGCCUGAUCCUUUACUACAUCUUCACCUUCCUUAUCAUGGUCGUGCUGCUGAACAUCCUGAUCGCCCUGUACAACAGCGCUUACGAGGACAUCACCGACAACGCCAUCGACGAGUACAUGGCGCUCUUCUCACAGAAGACCAUGCAGUUCGUCCGCGCCCCCGACGAGAACGUCUUCAUUGCCCCGCUUAACCUCAUCGAGAUCUUCCUCCUCAUCAUCCCCUUCGAGUGGUGGCUCCCAAAGCGCCUGUACGCCCGACUGAACGACUACGUCAUGGGCGUGGUCUACGCUCCGCUCCUGCUGGUCGCUGCCUGGUUCGAGUCGCGCAGCGCGAGACUGGUGCGUAGCAAUCGCUCACGCGGCGAGGAGGACGAUGAUACAGUUGAGGAGUGGGAGCACAUGAGCAUUGAUAUGGAGGGGGAGGGAUGGGCUAAGAAGGUCGAGAGCGCGAAGCCGAAUGUCGAGGACGAUGUGGCGACGCUGGAGGUUAGAGCAUUGAGGGGAGAGGUCCAGGAGUUGAAGGAGCUGAUCUUGAAGUUGCAGGUGGGGCCGAAGGUGGAGGACGCGAAAUGAUUAUCCAGGGA